AUUUGUAAUCUAUAACUUCCUGAGCCUGUGCUACGAGUACCUGGGAGGUGAGAGUGCCAUCAUGUCUGAAAUCAGGGGAAACCCAAUUACUCCCACCAGUUGGUUCUGCUGUACAUGCUGUUUGAGAGGCAAGACCUACUCCAUAGGCUUCCUUAGAUUCUGCAAGCAAGCUACCCUUCAGUUCUGUUUCAUCAAGCCAGUCAUGGCCCUCUGCACGCUCAUACUGCUCCCAUUUGGAAAAUACUCAGACGGGAACUUCUCAAUUACAGAUGGCUACUUGUACAUCACCAUCAUCUAUAAUAUAUCAGUCAGUUUGGCCCUCUACGCCCUCUUUCUCUUCUACUUUGCUGCGAAAGACCUCCUGGCACCUUAUCAACCCGUCCUCAAGUUUUUCCUCGUCAAAUCCAUCAUUUUUGUCUCUUUUUGGCAAGGUGUCUUACUGGCCAUACUUGAGCUAGCGGGAGCCAUCAACCCAGCCACGACAAAAGACGGUAAAUCCUCCAUCCCGGCGGGGACGGUGUCGGCUGGUUACCAGAACUUCCUCAUCUGCAUCGAGAUGUUCUUCUGUGCCAUUGGUCUGCGCUAUGCCUUCUCGUUCGACAUCUACAUGGAGAAACAAGGGCUGGGAUCAUCAAAUAUGCAGCAGAGCAUAUCCAACAACCUCAAGGACACCGUCAACCCGCGGGACAUGUUCAACGACACCAUCCACAACUUCUCGCCAGCCUACCAGCAGUACAUGCAGCAGGGGACCAUGUCCGACGACAUGGACUCCGGCUUCUACCACCACUAUCCCCAGAACAACGGCAGGGAGAUGGUCAACCCGGCGUCGGGCGGGGGCGGCAACAGCAGCAGCAGCAACGGGGGAGGGAGCAUCAUGGGGAAAGGGCGUGGGGGCGUAGGGGGUGGGAGCAAGAGGUCGGGUCAUACGGAAAAGACCACGUUGCUUAGUUCCGACGACGAGUAUUGAUCCUAGCUCCACCCCCUUUCUCUUCCCGUGUAAACAUAUUAUGUUCAUAUACGAGACAUCGUUAUACUUACACUGCCUCAUCAUAUUGCUAAGGUCACUCUUUGAAGUGUAGUAACUAAGCAAUAUGAUGAGGUAGUCUAGGUUGGUAACUAUGUAUAGCUUGUUAAUAAAUAAUAUGUUCACUACUGAGCAUUCUGAUCUUUCCUCUGCAUCUUGAUCAGAGGUGAAGGUGCACAGUUAUGAGGUGAAGGUGCACAGUUAUGAUAAGAAACCUUCAAAUGUGUAAUUAACUAGGUUAGCCCACCCAGGUCGCUUCCAAAAUAAAACUGGAUCAGUCAGGGAUUGUGCACCAAACUGACAGGCGCAAGAUAUGAACGUUCUUGUGCUGCACAUUGGCCCACGACGAUCGUAUUCCAAUCUGGGGACAUCAUCUUCUUGUAGCCAUGUGGUAGCAUAUUGCAUGACCAAGGACGUUAAUUGCAAGUUGUCCCAAAAAAGGUUAAAGAGAAAUGAGAAACAGGAAGAAUGAAAGAAACUAAUCAUGUAUUAGAUAACUAUUAUAAUUUCAUUAAUUAUUAUUAUAUUAAUCCAUAGUUUAUUGAUAAAGAACAUCAAUUUUCCUCUUGUAAUUGUCCCCUUGAUCUCAGAUCUUAUGGUGAUUGGUUAAUGAUUUAUAAUAUUAGACUUGACUUCAAGUAGGGGUUUAUACUAAAAAGGAGAGAUCAAUCAAUCUAAAUCUUAUUUUUUUACAAGUUUGACCUUGUGGUUUUAAACUAGACGUACAAAUUGCCGGAAAAGUGUUCUUUCAUCAUGGCAAUGGCACUGAUAUCACCAAUGUAACCACUGUAGAUAUAUUGGAGAGAAGAAUUCCAAUUGCUUUAUGAGAAUUUAUCUGAAAUGUAUUGAACAAACAUUAUAAAGCGAGAGCAGGAAAUUUGUGUUCAUCACAAAUCAAAGUGUUCAUACAAGAUACUGGGUUUUUUUUUUUUUUUUGGGGGGGGGGGUUGAGGAAAAAUAUGAGACUGACACUGAUUCACAAUCUUGAUUUCAAUUCUCACAUUGCCAAAAGUACUUAUUUGAAAUUAGAUGAUUAUCCUGUCAGCAUUUCAAAUAUGUAAAGGUCUUAUCACCAAGCUAGAUAGGCCUGUUUCUUACUUGAUGAGAAACCUGAUGACACCAAGUUGAAUCUGCAAUAGCGCCCCCUAUAGAGGUUCAUGCUUGCAUGUAAAAGAUACCAUAUCUUUAUACCUGAUAACAAAAUAGUGCUGAAAGUUUAUGUGUGUUUUUUUGCCAAUAAAGUUUGAUAAUGCCUAAUACGUUCAGUAUGUAACUAACCCAAUGCCACUAUGUGUGGCCUUCUCAUUUUAAUAUUUGGUUGUUUGGAGGUUAUUUUAGGCAUGCUAUGUACUGAAACUCUGAAAAAAUUACAAGAAAAAUAAAACGCAAUUCAGUGUCUAUUCAUAAGCUACUCCCAUUCAACGUAGUGCCUGGUCAAGGCCUAUUCAGAAAGGGUUACAUACUUUGUCUGCAUCAAAAGGUUUUUUGCCAAUUAGCCUGAUCUUCAAUGUUCACUGAAAUAUGCGUUCUAGAAAACUGAUCAUCUUAACCACAUUGAAGUCCACUAUGCACCUUCGAGGCAUGUUUUGAAAGUGUAAGCAAGGUUUAUAAAAUUAGGCAAGGCAGAAAAUAUUUUUGAUGCAGACAAACAUAAUCUUUGGCCUCGUGAACCCUCGGUUUCUUGGGAAGACCCCCAAUAUCUCGGCCUUAUUCUCAUUAAUGGAAACAGGUAACAUAAUAAUAGACAUGAAUGCAUAAACAGUUAUAUCUCACAGGAGCAUUUAAACUGCUGUACUAUGAAAUUGUGCUUGGAACAAUUGUGUAUACACAUUUAAAAAAAUUGCUUUCGGUUAAUAUACCAUUUGCUGCCUUUUGUAAAAGUAGGGCAGUAAAGAAACCUGGAAAAAAGUAUUAAAAUAUUUCAAAAAUGGCUUUAUACUUAGAUAACAAUGUUCAUAUAUGAAUUUAAAAUAAACCCCCCCCCCCAAAAAAAAAAAAAAAUUGAAUAAUUAUGUGAAUAGAUGUCUUCAAAAUGUUAAAAAUAUAUAGUUAUUAAAUUGAAUUUAUCAAGAGGUUUAUACCAAUGUCAGCUUAAGGAGGUAUCAAACUAUUGAAAUAUGGCAUUGUACUUUAAAGGUAUCAUGUGGGAUUGAAAAACUAGAACACAAAAAACAAACUGAAUAAUUAUGUGAAAUAGUUGUUUUCAUACGGUUCAGAAUAUGUGAUUACUGAAUGCAAUAUAUCAAGAGGUUUAUACUAAUAAGUGCCAAAGAAAUGGCACAGUAUUUAUUAAAUAUUGAUAUUAACGAGCAGAUUCUUCAAGACUUGCCAGAUUUAUUGGGAUGCAAGGUGGAGGGACACUAAUAGACAUUGGUAUUACUAACAGAUUUCAAAUGAUAAGAAGUUCCUGUAGCUCUAUAAGUACUUACUGACGUUUUUCUUUCAUAUUUUUUUAAGACAAUGGUUUUCAGGAUGGCAGUAUAAGAAUAUAUUUGCUCACAAUUCAGAUUACUAUAUCAUGUAGCAGUUAUCACUAUGAAGUUGAUGAAUUUAAAGGGCUUUAUUGAGAAAUAAAUUUUCCUCUCAUAGUUUUAUACACAUUCACAAUAUAGGUUUUAAAAAAUCAAAUGUGCAACCAACUUUCUAUGAGCUCAUUUCUUUGUGAACUUUCAAAAGUUUCAAUUUUUAUCAAAAAAAUAUAAUUGAUCAUCACGUUUGUUUAUUUAACAUUCUAAAAGUUGGGUUUCAGUGACUUGCUAUGUUUAAAGGAGUUUCUAUUUUUUGUCGAUUUGAAUCGAAAGAUGAACUAUAGAGUGGGAUUGGAGUUUUGAGGAGAGAAAAAAAACAGUGAUGUGAUUUAUACUGAAAAUUGUACAUCAGAUUUUGUAGGUAGAAAACAUCUACCUUGGAAAAAGUUGGUGUAAAACUGGAGUAAAUUUUCACAGUACUAAAUUAAUUAAAUUAGUUGACUUGGGAAAACUAAACUUGUACAUUAUACUAAGCUUUGAUGAUAUAUGUAAAUUAUAAAAAAAAGGUUGAUGUAAAGAAAUUAAAGAUGAUGGAUAUCGAUAUAUAUGUCAGAACAGACAGACAUAAUUGUGUUAAACAGAAUAAUAUGAUCUUAACAGUUUUUUCAAUAUCACCAAAAGGCAGUUUCAGCAGUGGUUUACACCCCAGGGAAUGACAUAGCUCAGACAUUAAAGAAUGGCUUCAUUCUUUACGGCAUAUUCCUGGCUGUAAAACCACGUUUUGUGAAUCAAAGGGCCCGAUAUUAAAAAAAAAGGUUCAUUUUGUUAACAAUACAAUGUGGUUCUGCCGAUAUCAUGAAUUCCAUUCUUCUGAUAUCAAGAAUUCUUGGUAUCAGUAAGUAGGAUUAAAUGAUAAAACAGCUUGUCAUAUGUCUGUCAGCUUAACUGGCUAAAGAGUUGGGUUGUAACAGCCUCUUCACUGACAUCCCUGGUACCUCUAAUGGAAAUAAGCAUGACAUUGUCAUUACGAUAAAAUCAAACUUAUGUAUGAACCUAAAUAGAAAUGAUCUACAUAAUUAUAGAGGUUCAUUAAUUCAUUUCAUAACCUUGUUUUGGGUGUCUGGUAUUGUACUGGCAGUAUGGAAAUUAAACUCCAUACUCUGUCAUAUUUUUCCCUUUUCUAAUCUUUUUUCUUUUUCAAUGAAACAUUGAUUAAUAUGAAAUAAAACUGAAUGAAAAUUAUACAAUUUUCAAAGGGUAUAUGAGGGGCAUUGAAAUUGCUCUUGAAAUGAUAAAGCUAAAAUAUUUGACAUCGUAUUGAGUGUACAUAGUAGCGAUUUAUCUGUCUGUACAGUUUAUAGAUAAAAUAAAUCAGGGAAAAUUAAAGAUAUUGAUAUACUAGGGCACUUGUGUUGGUACAUUUCACAUGCACAUUUUCAUGUGGCAGACAUGUCAAACAGUCGGUGUUAUGUUGAGAUGAGUUUGAGCAGUUUGUUAAUUUUCCCAUAGAGAGUGGAGUAUCCUGUUCCUAUGGCAACCUGUCAAAAAGUAUGUGCUUCGUCUUUUACGAGGAAUCCCGCGAAAGGUACUAUGAGUCUUUUCACAACGGCUUUCCCAGCAUUGCCCACUGUUUUGUCUCUGACGAUGCGUGAAGAUUAGUAAUGAAAAGCUGCUUUCGGGGAUCCUGCUCUUAAGUCACGACUGUGAAUUUUGACAAGGUGCCUACUAUAUGUAUAUAUAAUCAAACAAUGAAGAAUGGUGGAGAUAUGAAAAUAAAGAAAUUAGUUUUUAAUUUAG